AUGGGCGAGAGGAAGGAGGAUGAUAGAGGUGGCGGACUUGCGAUGAUCGCGUCGCGACGCGCUCAGAAGAGUAUCACGUGUCUAGCGCGUCUCUCAAAUAGCGCCAAACGCGUUACACACCGCGGCGGCGCGCGACUCGACGCGCCGCAACAGCCUGAGAUACUUCCGGACCGCCAACAGCUAUUGUGCAAUUUCUUCCCUUCUGCUAUGUCUCAGCCAGACCCGGACACUAUUCGAAGGGUCACUCGCGACAUAAUAACCAAAGCUUCAGACAAUGGUACUUUGGAGGAGUUGACGCCACGCCUCGUGCGCAAAGAGGUCGAAAUAGUGUGCUCAUAUGAAGAAGGGGAAUUGGAUGACGCGGCAUAUAAAGCUAUAGUUAAGGAGGCAACUGCAAUCGCAAUGGCCGAGCUUGAGAAUAAAAUUACGGCGGAUGAAGCAAAAAAUGAUAGCGACGCCAAACGUAAGAGGCCGAAGUCGUCUAAAAGCCAGAGUAAGAAGUCCACAGCCAAGGAGAAGAAAGCAGCCAAGGAAGAUAAGCCUGCAACAAAAAAGGCAAACAAGCGGUCGGCUUCGGUCGUCCCGUCGUCCUCGGACGAGGACACCACCGCCCCUGCCAAGUCGAGUACUAACGCACGCGCCAAGACAAACAAAGCAGCAGUGCUCUCGGAUGUGAGCCCUGGUGUUGAGCCUGAAGGAGAGCCACCAAGAAAGCGUCAGAAGAAGGUUGCUGGGGAUGCAAAACUGGCCUCUAAAUCCGAGGCUGAACCUUCAUCGAAAGCAAAAGCUGCACCUCUGCGCAGCCCCAUUGUCAAGCCAGACUCGAAGAUUGCUAAUGAUCCUCGUCCAGAGUCUUCCGCGGCGUCCCCUCCUGAUGAGGUCCUAGCGAUAUCGGGAUCAAAUGGAAAUGCGGAAGGAGACAAAAGUGAGUUGGAAAUGUCGGUUCUGAUCGAUGAGCCAAAGCAAAGUCACAAGAAAAAGGGCAAGGAAAUCGAGGUGAAGACGCGACCCAAAAAGGAAGCCAAGGAGAGAAAGGGCAAGCAGCCAGUCAAGGAGUUAUCUAAGGAUGAAGAAACAAUCAAACGCUUGAAGUCAUUUGUGGUCGCCUGUGGUGUUCGGAAAGCUUGGGCUAGGGAGUUCAAAAACCUAGACAGCCCUUCGGAGCAAAUAAAGCGACUGAAGACAAUCCUCGCGGAUCUUGGGAUGACAGGCCGUAUGAGCAUGGAACAGGCAAAAGCCAUACGAGCGAAACGAGAAUUGGCACAGGAGCUCGAGGACGUCCAAACGUUCGAGAAGUCCGUGGUGUCUGGUCCAGCCGCCGGACGUAAUAAAAAGAAGGACGAGUCACAGCGGUCAUCCUCGGAUGAAGAAUCUGAUGGGAACGUCGCCGAAGCACCGAAACGACGUUCAAACGCCCGCCAAAGCAUUAUGGCAUUUUUAGGUGACCAAAGUGACGACGACUGA